AAAACUGUAGGCUGUCAGAGAAAUCAAGUGAAAUAAAAGUAUUUAAAAACUUUAUUAAUGCGAAGCGCGAUUUCGAGUGAAAAAUUACAGAUCAAUUGAUGGCGGAAGUGCACAUAAUUGGACAAAUAUUGAAAGCAGUUGAUUUCGACGAGCCGCAUCUAUUCUGCACGUGGACCCUGCAGAGCGGCAGCGCCUGGCGCUUGAUUCAAGGCGAGGUACACGGACAAACACACGUCUCGUCGAACCGUUUGGAGAGCUGCUCCGACUUUGCGGCGCCCUUGGACAUUCACCUGAGCUGCGCUGCCGUCCAGGGCUGGCCCACACUGCUGGUGGAGGUGCACGCAGUGAACGUGCUACAGCAGUCCUGGCCCGUUGGCUACGGCUUUGCCCACAUUCCAGCCACUCCCGGUGCCCAUCGGGUGGAGAUUAACACCUGGAAGGUUGCGCCCAACGGCUGGUGGCAGAGCAUUCGCGAGCGCUUCGGCGGCGGCGGAGCGUCUUUGAGCAAAACCGAUCUGCUUUUCUCGGGCGUAGAGCGCUAUAAGCUGCAGACACGUAGCUCUGGAAAAGUCAUCGCUGAUCUCCAUUUAAUCUUUCGCAAGUUCGAGGAAUACGGCGUGGAAUUCCAUUAGAAAUGGAGAAGCUUCUUCUGCUGUCGGUCCUGUGUCUGAUCACAG